AUGUCAAUUCCAGUUCAGCCUAGCAUUGAGACAUUGCAGAAGACUAUAGAUCUUCAUGCCGGAGAAGAUGUCAAACCAAAUAUCUAUCCGAUCUACAAAUAUGUGCCAAAUGAAGAUAUAACCAUACACCAAGCUUAUCUUAGACUUGCGAAAUUAAAUGAUAAGAGUAGAACCCCAUCAUUCUUGUUUGAAUCAUCAGUUAAAGGUGACACAGUUGAUAGAUACUCUUUUAUUGGUGUUAAUCCUUCCAAGAUUAUCAAAACUGGUGACGACCCAAAAGUUUAUUCUAAAGAGCUUUGCGACGUGGAUCCAAUUACUGUACUUGAACAAGAGCUUUCAAAUUACAGACAAGCGGAAUUGCCUGGCUUGCCCAAAUAUAGCGGAGGUGCCACUGGGUAUAUUUCGUAUGAUUGUGUCAAGUACUUUGAACCCAAAACCAAGAGACCUUUAAAGGAUAUUUUGCAAUUGCCAGAGGCGGUGUUUAUGUUUUGUGACUUGGUCGUUGCAUUCGACCAUGUAUAUCAAAGAUUUCAGAUUAUCUGCAAUAUCCAUAUUGAUGAUGGUGAUGAUGAUGCAUUGAAUUUGGAAAAGGCUUACAAGCAAGGUGCAGAAGCUAUUGCCGAGAUUGAGAGAGUUUUGCUUGCUGACGUGCCAAAUAGCGAAGUGUUCCCCCACCAAAAACCGAUUAAGCUCAACCAAGAUUUCACUUCCAAUAUUGGUCAGAAGGGAUACGAGGCGCAUGUCACCAAGUUGAAAGAACACAUUCUUAAAGGUGACAUUAUUCAAGCUGUACCGUCACAAAGGAUAGCACGUCCCACUGAGCUACAUCCAUUCAAUAUAUAUAGACACUUGAGAACUGUUAACCCAUCCCCAUACUUGUUUUACAUCGACUUGAUUGACUUUCAGAUAAUUGGAGCAUCUCCGGAAUUGCUCGUGCAAAGCGACUCAAAUGGUAGAAUUGUGACUCACCCAAUUGCGGGAACCAUUCCUCGAGGUAAAACAAAUGAAGAAGAUGAAACAAAUGCCGAAAUUUUGAGGGCUAGUUUGAAAGAUAGAGCAGAACACAUAAUGCUUGUUGAUUUGGCCAGAAACGAUGUCAACCGGGUCUGUCAACCAACGACAAACAAGGUUGACAAGUUGCUCACAAUCCAGAGAUUUUCCCACGUUAUGCACUUGGUGUCGGAGGUUAGUGGAACCUUGCGUGAAGAUAAGACUAGAUUUGACGCAUUUAGGUCUAUCUUUCCCGCAGGUACCACUAGCGGAGCGCCUAAAGUGAAAGCAAUGGAGCUCAUUUCAGAGUUGGAGAAGGAAAAGCGUGGUGUUUAUGCUGGUGCAGUGGGUCAUUGGGGAUAUGAUGGAAAAACAAUGGAUACAUGUAUAGCAUUGAGGACGAUGGUCUUUAAAGAUGGGGUGGCGUAUUUACAAGCAGGAGGUGGGAUUGUGUUUGACAGCGACGAGUAUGAAGAAUACAUGGAGACAAUGAACAAAAUGAGGGCCAAUAACAAUACUAUUGUUGAAGCAGAGAAGAUAUGGGCAGAAAAAGUUGGAACCAUAGAGUAA